ACCCACACAAAGCAAAAACCUCUCUCUCUCUCUCUCUCUCUCUAACUAAUUGUUGUAAGAAUAGCUUCAAGGUCUCGUGUGUUCUCUCCGCCAUUGUAAUAUUCUCCCGAAGCAGACAGAGGGUUGAUGUUGUAAUGGAGACCAAAGGUGGCAAGAAGAAAUCAUCGAGCAGUAGUAGUAGUAGUAGUCGUAGCAGCUCUCUUCAGUACGAAGCCCCUCUCGGAUACAGCAUCGAAGACAUUCGCCCCAACGGUGGAAUCGAGAAAUUCCGAUCUGCUGCCUACUCCAACUGCGUGAGGAAACCAUCCUGCCUAAUGGCUGUUUCUCCAAUUGGUUUCGAGGGCUUCGAAAAGCGCCUCGAAAUCAACUUCUCGGACCCACCCGUAUUCGCCGAUCCACAAGGCAGGGGUCUCCGGUCCCUGACUCGGUCUCAGCUCGACUCGAUCCUUGAACCCGCUUGUUGCACCAUCGUGGCCCAGCUCUCCAACUCCGAGUUCGACUCGUACGUCCUCUCCGAGUCCAGCCUCUUCGUUUACCCUCUCAAGAUCAUCCUCAAGACCUGCGGGACCACCAAGCUCCUCUUGUCCAUCCCCCAAAUACUCAAACUCGCCGGCUCGCUCUCGCUCGGCGUCGACUCAGUCAGAUACUCUCGCGGGACCUUCAUUUUCCAGAAUUCCCAGCCUGCCCCUCACCGUAGCUUCUCGGAAGAAGUCGCGUUCCUCAACCGCUUCUUCCGAAACGGUGCCGCAUUCGUGCUUGGCGAUCCAAUGGUCCCGGAUCGCCAAUGGCACGUCUACUACUCCUCUGUGGUCCCAUGCAAAUCAUCACCGUUGGCGAAAGAUCGGACGGCUGCAAUCAAUCUCGAGAUGUGCAUGACUGGGUUGGACAGGACCAAAGCGGCCGUGUUUUUUAAGGACUCGGGGUGUGAAAUGACGAAAAAGUCCGGAAUAUCGGAUAUAAUCCCGGGUCAUGUAAUUUGUGACUUUGAAUUUGAACCGUGCGGCUAUUCGAUGAAUGGGAUCGAGGGUCCAGCUUAUUCUACGGUGCACGUAACCCCCGAGGAUGGGUUCAGUUACGCUAGCUACGAGGCCAUGGGGUUUGACCCCGGUUCGAUGGGGUUCGAGCUGCUGGUCGGGAGGGUCUUGAAGUGCUUUAAACCGGCUGAGUUCACCGUGGCAGUCACGUGCCUUGGGGGCAGUGGGGCCGGGUCAGAAUGGGGUUAUGGUGACGUGGAGGGGUACACGUGUGAGAGCGGGGUGAAGCAGGAGUUGCCAGGUGGCGGUGGGUGCAUAGUGUACCGUUGUUUUGUUGCCAGGGGGAAGGAGUGCGCGGUGAGCACUUAUGCUGCUGUCAAGUCUGCGAUGGAUUGCUGGAAGGAGGUGGUGGAGGAGGAAGGUGGUGAUGUGGCGGCAUCACCGUUCAUGUCGGCGGCGUAUGGGUUGGGCCAAGUGGAGGGUCAGUUGGGUAUGUGGGGGGUCUCAAUGGGACAAACCGACUAUUGUCAUUAGUUUUCUUGUGUGUCUUGUUUGAAGUUUUUUCUAGUGCUUUUUCUUUUUUCUUUGUUUUCGUGAAGCAGCAGCUCAUACUCAUUUUGAAAUGUGGGACUCAAGUUUAUUUAAUCAAAUGAGCUUCUUGUUAGUGGGUAAUGUCAAGAAAAA